AUGGCUACAUGUGAAGCAAGUGAAUUUGGAGUCCAGUUUCUCUUUGAUUUGAGGAUAGUGUUAUUGGGAAACAGAGCAGCAGGGAAAACCUCUUUGGCAAACCUAAUAACAGGUCAUGCAGAGCCUCAUCUAAAGAGAACGGCCCAGUGUGUGAAGAUGCAUGGAGAUUUUGCCGGAAGGCAGGUCACUGUAGUUGAUACGCCGGGCUGGUGGAAGAACUACCUUGUCAAAGAAACCCCUGAAUUUCAAAAACAAGAGAUUGUGCUUAGCGUAGCUCAUUGUCCUCCUGGGCCCCAUGCGGUUCUGCUGAUCAUACGUGUCGAUGCUUUAUUCAAAGAAAAGCACAGGAGGUCAGUGCAGGAACACCUGGAACUUCUGAGCGAGAGAGUCUGGACCCACACUAUAGUUGUGUUCACAUAUAGAGACCAGCUACAGGAGCAAACUUUAGGAAAGUACAUUGAAAGUGAAGGAGAGUCUCUUCUGCUCUGGCUAGUGGAGAAAUGUGGACACAGAUAUCAUGUUCUUAAUACUGAGAGAGCCACCGGUACGCAGUUGACGGGGUUAAUGGGGAAAAUAGACGCAGUGGUCGUGGGAAACGGUGGCUGUCAUUUUGAAAUGGACAGAAAAUGGAUGUAUAUGGUGGAAGGAAUGAUGACGAAGAGAUACAUGAGAGCAAACCAGAGGAGGAAGAUGGUACAAGAACAAUGGGAGACUCCACUUGUACGACAAGGUCUCAAACAUGUCCACAUUCCUAAGAUGAGGAUGAUAAUGUUAGGUUUCCGAAGAUCUGGUAAGAGUUCAGCUGGAAACACCGUUUUGAGUAUGGCGACAUUCAUCUCCAAGAGAACAUCCACGUGUGUGAGAAGACAAGGCGAGGUGGAUGGGAGACAUGUGACUAUAGUGGACACUCCAGGCUGGUGGAAGUCUCUCCCAGUGGCUGACACUCCUGAACUGGAUAAAGAGGAGAUUUUAUUCAGCAUGUCUCUCUGUCCACCAGGACCGCACGUGCUUCUGCUGACUCUGCGUGUAGACAUGUCAUUCACAGCAGCAGAGAAGAAAUCAGUGGAGGAGCACAUGCAGCUUCAUGAUGAGAGAGUGUGGGCUCAUACCAUAGUGCUGUUCACCCAUGGAGACUGUCUGGGGGACGUGACUGUUGAAGAGUUCAUUGAGAGUGAAGGGGAGGCUCUACAGUGGCUAGUUGAGAAAUGUGGGAACAGAUAUCAUGUCCUCAACAAUGAGAACUGGAAUGAUGGCAGUCAGAUCACAGAGCUGCUGGAGAAAAUCGAGAAGAUGGUGGCACAAAAUAGGGGCCAUUAUUAUGAAAUUGACCUUAAGACACUGAAGGAGGUGAAGCAGAAAAGGAAAGCAGUGGAAAGGAAAGCAAAGGCAAGAGCAAAAAAACAAAGACAGAUGAGGAAGAUGGACAGAACAAUAAAGAGUAAGAUACUGCAUUUCUCAGAAUUUUCUCUUGUGCUGCUGGGUUAUGGAGAAUCUGGGAAGAGUUCAACAGGGAACACCAUCCUCGGCAGACAGGUGUUUGGGUCAAGAAGAACCGCCCGGUGUGUUCAGAGACAUGGAGAGGUGGGAGGACAGCAGGUCAGCAUCAUAGACACCCCUGGUUGGUGGAAGCAUCUGCCCACAGAUCAAACCCCUGAACUAAAUAAAGACGAAAUCACACAGAAUGCAUCUCUAUCCGCUUCUGGACCGGUCGCUUACAUUUUGGUCCUUCGUGCUGACUGUUCCUUUAAAGAGCAAGAGCGGAAGGCGAUGGAGGAUCAUUUGAGGCUUUUGGGCUCCAUGGUUUGGGAUCAUAGUAUAGUUCUGUUCACAUUUGGGGACCUGCUCGGAGACAGAGCCAUUGAGCAGCACAUUGAAUGCGAGGGAGAAGCUCUGCAGUGGCUUGUUGACAGAUGUGGAAACAGGUAUCAUGUUUUUAAUAAUAAGGCCAAGGGUGAGAGCCAUCAGGUCACAGAGCUGCUGGAAAAGAUACAGGAGAUGAUUUCAGCAAACAGCGGGUGCAAUGACAAGGGCAUGCAGGUGCUGCGGGAGGUGAUGGAGGGGAGGAGGUUGGAGGAAGACCGAGCAAACACCAGACUGAAGAUGCAGGGACAAAGAGAGGAAGAUGAAUCCGAUGAUGUAUUUGAUGAUGGUGAAGAUGAUGAAGUCAUCUGGGAGUCGAGAGCAUGGAAAUGGACAACAGCCGUAUGA